AGAGAAGAUGGCGGCUGUGAAAAACGCGGGAAACGAGGCAAAGACGACCCUGUCCGAGCUAGAAAACGAUUUAACGAGAUUUAGUGUUCAGAUUAGGCGGAGCAUUCAAGAUUUUACACUCUGCGCUACAUUCAAGGAAAUAGAUGAACAGAAUAGCGGUGUGCGCGGUCUGAUGGACAAUAUGCGGUCAACACUGGAGAUAGUUGAGCGUCUAGGCAGAGAAAGUUUAGACAAAGCUGAAGCUGAAAAGGCCCGGUCUGUCUAUUCAAAUUAUCAACAGCAGUUGGUAUCUUGUCAACGGCAGUUCCGAAUGGCAAAUGUUUCCCAAAUCGCAGAUCUAGAAAACAAAUCUUCCAAGGACCUUCUUGGACAACCUGAUCUCAGGCAAAGAGUUCGACCUUCUGGCGGGAAAGAAAGCUUGAUAUCUCAGCAUAGCAAUGUUACAAAUAAUCUAAAGGCUAUUAGUCGACAGCUUGCAGCUACAGUGGAAAGAUCCAAUCUAACUGUAUCAAACCUUGAAGGAUCUUCUAAAACAUUACAAGAGGUAGAUGAGGAGCAUAGAAGUCUAUCCGGGGUUAUCGGUCAGUCCAAGAAGCUUAUAACCAAGUAUAUACGGAGAGAGUUUACAGAUAAGGUUUUGAUUAUGUUUGCACUUGCCUUCUUCUUUGCUGUAGUCCUAUAUAUUCUUCGAAAGCGGGUCUUUCCCAGUUUCGGAGUUCUAGAAGUCGUCUUCUAUCUGAUAGGUUCUCUUACUAAUGGUAUUGCAAACAUACCAAAUAUGUUUAAUUAAAACUAUGCUAAAUUUGUAAAAAAAAAAAAAAAAAGGAAAACGGGGAGAAUUCCGGGGAUGAUUACAUUUUAUGUAUUUUCAUACAAAAACUGUUUAUUAAUUAUUUAUUCUAAAUAAUAUUGCGAGGAAUCGGAAUUUUAAACAAUGGCUUUUGUGCCAAUUGUGUGAAAUGUGAUUGUCUAUUCCUUGCGAUUUCAUGACUAUUGAUGUGUCUUCAGUCGGUUCGUUGCUGGGUAGUUUUUCCCUAUAUAUUCUUUCAAGGUCAAAAUGUGGCUAAGUGGAAGAAAUAUUUUUUUUAAAUAUUUCUUAACACUAUGUCAAAUGUUUAACUUAACAGAAGAUGUGAAAAAAACGGCCAAAAAUGAUCCAAGAACGAACGUGUUGUAACAAUCGUUCUUGGAUUGUUUUUCAAUUUUUUUAAAGAUUGCUAGGUUAAUAAAAGUAAACUUAGGAAGUUUUAUUAAUUUAUUUUUAAAAACUAUCUAAAACAAUUAACACCACUGUUGAGUAUUUAUGACGACUAAAUUAAAUAAGUUAAAUAAAUGCAACGAGCCAUGAUCAAAGGAAAAGAUUUAAUAGAAUUUUCCACUCUUUAUACGAGCUCCUUCUAUGUUGGUUAUCCUUAAUUUCUUAUUAAAUAUAUUUAAACUUUUGUAUAAAAAAAAUAGUGAGUUCUGUGUUCUCCGAAUUAUGUGAUUUCAUAAAUUCUAUCAUAUCUGUAUUUAAAUAGAUUGUUACUUAUUUCA